UCGUAGACGGCUAGGAACUAUAGUUUCAACUUAAACCGCCGGAACCGCGCGAGUAAAUUAUCGUAUAUCAAUAAUUAAGAUGCCGUCGAGUACCGACUGUCGGUUCUUCUGGAGUAAUAAAUAUAUGUAUAUACAGAACUUCGAAAUUAGACCUAAUAUUGGUGGAAAAUAAAUUGGCAUAUGUUAUAAUUAUUUUUGUUAUAUAUCUCGACAAAUCAACAUAAAAAAACACUUUAUUAAUCAUUUCUGAAAUCUUGAAAUUCGUCAUUUUCACGGAUUGGAGUUGUAGUAAAUUGAUCAGAAGAGUGCUUUUUUUGUUACCAGCUGUAGGCGAAAGAAAAACGAAUUUUGAGUAGUCACGUGUAGACCACGUAGUGGCGUCUUUUUGCUUGCUUAUUUGCACCGGUUGGAUGUUGAAUUGUUGAUAGAGGUUAAGGUGUCUUGAACCUGUCCGUGUUAAAUUAAAUUGUACAUAAACGUAACAGUGAUUUUACGAUAAAAGAUUUAUGAUUUUUUAUCUUAACAAAACUAAUAAUGGCGAAAUUUAAAAAAAGUCUACGGGACAAACAAGAGCCUGUUGUAAAAAGUACGAAAACAUCCAUCGUGAAGAAACAAAGAAAAAAGAAAGAUAAUGAAGUACCAUUGAGUGGCAUACAUAAAAGUAAUUUAAAGAAAUUAAAUACAUCUAACGAAGUAGCGAAGAACACAUACACAAAUAUACAAAGUAUUAAAAAGAAAAAAAAGCGUGAUUCCAAGAAUAAUCUUGAUGUAAAAGAUACAAAAAGAUCAGAUGUUCAGGCAAAAUAUCCAAAAGAUAACAGAAAAACGUCAGAGGUGUCCGAAAAGGUACAAAUUAACAUAAAUAAAACAGAACGUAAGAAGAGAAAACGAAGUAGAAAACGAAAACGAGAUAAUCUUGAUCACGCAAAUAAGGGUCCUGCGACAAUCGAUGGAAAGGAAAGAAAUAAAAAGUUACAAAUGCCUGCAACGAAUCUCGAUAUUGAGCGUAGAAAAACGAAAAUUGAAAAACUUAAAAAGGUAAAUGAAAAGAAGAUGAAACAAAUAUCGGCUGAGGUAGGAGCACAACAGGUAAAACCUGACAAGAUAGUAAAGUUAAACAAGCAUAAAAUAAAUAUUAAACAAUUAGAGGAAAUGCUCACUGGUAAGUCGCAGCCAAAACCGAAAGUUACGCAACUUCCUUUGAGAGAUAGAAUGAUAACGCAAUUGAGAGCGUCUAGAUUCAGAUUUAUAAAUGAAAUACUGUACAGCAAUGACAGUUCGCAAUCUAAGCAUUACUUCAAAACGGACCCUGAUGCUUUCAUGGCUUAUCAUGCGGGAUAUAAACAGCAACUUGAACAAUGGGCGGUGAAUCCACUGGACGUUAUAAUAUCGUCAAUUAAAAAACUGUCGACGGACAAUGUGAUCGCUGACUUUGGAUGUGGUGAAGCACGACUCGCCGCUUCUGUUCCUCACAAAGUACACUCGUUUGAUUUCAUUGCUCUGAAUGACAGAGUGAAAGCUUGCGAUAUGGCUCAUACUCCAUUACUGAUGAACAGCGUCCACGUUGUCGUCUUCUGUCUCUCUUUAAUGGGAUCUAAUCUCAACGAUUAUAUAAUAGAAGCUAACAGGAUUCUUAAAAAUAACGGAACCUUGAAAAUAGCCGAAGUCGAAAGCAGAUUCGAAGACGUAAAGGAUUUUAUAAGACUGUUGCGUAGUUAUGGUUUCAAAAAUACAUGGAAGGACUUGUCUCACAACCUGUUUUAUUUUAUGGAUUUCAAGAAAGAAGAAGAUAUAAGUAUGAAACGGAAAAAUCUUCCUUCAAUUACGCUGAAAUCAUGUUUAUAUAAAAAAAGAUAACAGUGUAUUAUUUGAGCAAUAUUUUAUUUUUUACACAAAAUAAAACUUAAAGUUGUUCUAUAUAAAAAUGUUCCAUAUGUUUUUGUUGAUAUUACCAUUACCUCUAAGUAAUAAGCAUAAUCAACCAUCAUUUGGAAUUACUCUAUGUGCCUGCUUAAACAAUGUGCCAUUCUUUGAAACACAUUGCUCCAUUAGGCACAAAUCAUGGUUGUAGUGUAGGAGAUAAAAGAUAUCUAAUAAUAAUUUUAUAUGUUGUUUAUAACAUAUUGUGUAAAAACAUAAUUUAUAGA